UUUUUUUCAUUUGCCGUAAGAAUAUUUGCCUCGUAGAAAAAUGUAACCACAUCGUUAUAUUCUAAGCAAUAACAGGAGGAACUGCCAUGAAUUUCUUGCAGACAUAACCAGAAACAUGGCCAUUAACUUCUGCAGUUUAGCGUUUGGAACAAAAGUUGCUUGUUCAUCUGUGAGCUCAGAUGGAUAUGAGGUUGAGAAUCUACUGAAAGUUGGGAAAUAUGGUCAAAUGAAAGGAUUUCUUGCUGAAUAUUUCAUCAAACCUCCUGUUACCCUUACCUUCACUUUUCCAUUUAAGAUUGAUAUCUGCAGCAUUAUAAUUGAUCCAAAUGUUGGCUCACAGAAAUCCAGUGGCGUAGAGAUAUUUUCUGCAACUAUCCCUGAUGGAAAGGAGAGCUCUGGGAUGCAUGGUGAGGCAGAUCAGAGUGGGAGAACUGAAUCAUUUGUAGUAUCCACAAACAUUGGAAAGGGAUACUGCAACAGUGCUGCACCACGGCUUAUUUACUUUUCCAAUAGGAGAUAUAGACCACUGCACAAGUUGCCUACAAAGUCACCUGACUAUCAAGAGGGCAUAGGAGAUGUCCUGGUCAGGGACAUCAGAUGCUCAAGUCCUGCGUGUGUAAGAAAUGUGAAUCAGAUAGCUAUCAAGAUCACAAGAGUUCAUGGUGCUUCUGUUCCUGCCCUGAAAAAGGUAGAGAUCUGGGGACAGCCAGCAGUGUCUUGUAAGAAGCCACUCAUUCAAAAAAUAAUUCACACUGUGGAACAACUUCAAGGACUUGGUGUGAAACAGAAGGAAUCGUCCACCAGUACUAACUCAAAAAAGCAUCAGCCAUCUACUUCAAAAGUUGAGAAGGAAGAUAAACCUACUCGUGAUAGAAAAUUGCCAGCUUCAGAUGAGUGCCCUGAGGACUUUGUAGAUCCGAUAACAUGCAGUGUAAUGGCCAUUCCCAUCCUCUUGCCAUCCGGCCACACAGUAGACCAAGAAACCCUUGAGAAACAUAACAAAAUUGAAGCAACUUGGGGGCGUCCACCAAACGAUCCUUUUACCGGUGUACCAUUUUCUGCAGUCAGUAAGCCCAUUCCAAAUGUGAAAUUAAAAGUUAGACUUGAUAAGUUCUUGUUGACUGGUGGGGCUGCAUUCAAGAAUGUUCCCCGGACUGCUGGAAGUGCAAGUGAGAAUGACUACAAUUCAGGAGACUCGUCUAAAGCAAAAACAUCAGUUUUAAUUCAACCAAAGCAAGAGAAAUCUAUCAAUAAUGGAUUGCUGAACAAAACACAGGUACCAGUAAUCGAUGCACCACCCAUUGUUGGAAAAGAAGGCAAGAAACACGGAAGAAAAAGAAAGAGGCAAGAUGAUGGUGCAGAAACAUAUGUUAAUGUACAAUAUGCCAACAUCGCAGAGAAGAGAUCCAAGGCUUAUGGUGUCCAUUUGUCUUCAAAAGAUAUGGCUUGGACCAGGGAAAAAGAAAUUCAGAAAGAUCUUGGAAGCCAUGAGAGAGCUGUAUCUGGGAGUCUUGAUGAUGCACUUGCUUCUACUCUAGCCUCUCUUCCUUCUUACAAUAAACCAACUGCAACAUCAAAGGAUGCACCUGUAGAAAGUUCAGAUGACGAUUGCGUGAAUUGUCAGACCUCAUUCCUGGACUCCGAGAUCAACAUUUAUACAAUGCCUUGUGAGCAUUUGAUUUGUCGUAGCUGUACCUCUACUAAGACUGAUGGGAUUGAUUGUCGUCGAUGUAAAAGGACUUUCAAGACAUCACAGUUAUCUAGGGUACACAAGAGGAUUCAUAGUUCUUCUAUAAGGGUAGUAUGAUAAUUAGUUUGGGGAAUGGGGUUGUAUUUCUUGUUUUUUUCCGUUGGUGAGAACCACUUCAUUAACUGAGUGAUGAUUUCAGUCUCCGGAGUAUUAAUACAAGUGUUAGAAGCUUUUUUCUUUCAGGUCAAUGAG